UAUGACAGACAUCGCCGUGGGAGCUCCUUAUGGCGGCGACGAUGGAAAUGGGGCCGUUUUUAUUUACCAUGGAUUUAAGAUCAGGAGCGGCGAACUCAUUGCUGAAGAGCUCAUGAAACCAUCACAGGUCAUCUACGCUCGUGACGUGACCCCAGGCCCAGGUCCCCCCAUCGCCACCUUUGGCUGGUCGCUCUCCGGAGGCCAGGACAUGGACAACAACCUAUACCCGGAUCUGCUGGUGGGGGCUUACCUGUCCAGCUCCGCCGUCCUGCUUAGGACCCGCCCCAUCGUGUCUCUGUUCAACCACAGCCUCAACUUCAUCUCGGAGGGCAAGACCAUCGACAUCGAAUCGGCGAGUCUCGAAACGGGCGGUUGCCGGGUAUCGAGUCAGAUUGUUCCGUGCGUCACACUGCAGUUCUGCAUCGGGUACGCCGGCCUUGGCGUGCCCACCGACCUGGAAUUGGACGUGGAGUACCUGCUGGAUAAUAAAGUGAGCGAAUCGCGACUCUUCUUCCUGGACUCCAGUCGGCGAGGCCUCAAGGAGCGCGUCGCCCUCGAGAAGGAGAUCGACGACUGCAGGAGCCACCGCGUCUACGUCACGCCCUCGCUGACGGACAAGCUGACGCCGAUGUCAGCCGAGGUCAGCUUCACCCUGGUGGAGGAGACGGUCCGACGAAGGCGCAACCGCCGCUCCCUCGCGCCCAUCCUGAACCAGCGCCAGAAGCUCACGCUCUCCGACUCGCUCACCAUCCAGAAGAACUGCGGCCGCGACAACGUGUGCUACCCUGACCUCAUCCUCAGCGUCGAGGCGCCCGAUACCUUCGUGUUCGGCAAGAAGGAGCAGCUGGAGGUGCACGUGCGCGUGGUGAACGACGGCGAGGACGCGUUCGAGGCGCUGGUGUUCGUGCCCAUCCCCCGCGGGCUGCUCUACAACAAGUUCGUGGCCAAGGACAACACCACCGUCGUCUGCUCCCCAAGGACCACGGACUCCGGCAUGAUCCUUGUGUGCGACAUCGGCAACCCUCUGCCUAUGCACAAGGGGGUCCACUUCGUAGUGCUAUUCCAGCAGUCCGGGCAGAUGGAGGAGCCGCGCUUCGAGUUCCUGGUGACCACGAACAGCACCAACAUCGAGAAUUCUCACACGAAGGACGACAACGUGGUCCUCAAGACGAUCCAGGUGGAGGUCGACACGAACCUCAUCCUUUACGGGACGUCCGACCCCGAGAGGAUCGACUACAACCGAAGCCUCUACCUGUACAGGUCCAAGCUGCACGAGGAUCACCUGGGGCCUCAGAUCACACACAAGUACGGCAUCUCCAACACGGGCCCCUCCGACAUCUCAGAGACCGAGCUCGUUAUCCUUUGGCCCACCAGGACUCUCGGCGGGAACUACCUCUUGUACCUGCUCGAACAGCCCUACGUCACAGGACCCGUUCAGUGCUCGCAUGUGCCCGACGUCAACCCUCUCGGUCUCACGCUGAUCGACAGGGAAGUGAAUUUAGAGUUGCUCAAGUUGCAAAGCCAGGAGGGGAGCGAGGCGCAGGAACAGAGCUACUCGGAGUCCUCGGCGUCCGGUGAGGCUUCGGCAGGAGGCGCGUCGGCAAGUGACGGGUCGUCCCACUCCACCUCGCAGACGACUCACUCCUCCAGCAGCAGCGGCAGCAGCAGCAGUUCGUCUUCAUCGUCGUCCUCGAGUUAUUCCAAAACAUCCUCCACCCGCACGAGGACCAGUCACAGCUCGUCUUCGUACAGCCAUUCCUCCUCCUCGGACGACGAACACAUCCGACGCACCCGCCAAGCCGAGCCCGCCCUCGACUGGGACAAAGAAAUCAAUACGUGCGGCCCCACCGAAUGCACCAAGAUCCACUGCACCGUCGGGCCGUUGGUGGAUGGUGAUAUCCACUACAUCUACGUGCGUUCCAGGCUUGUGCUGGAUACCCUCAUCGAGUACCCGUAUGACGACGUGACCAUCACCAGUCGCAUGCUGGCCAGAGUGAGGGCCCUGCCGCAUGGCGUCAUCCCAGAGUACCUCCCGAUACGCGACCUGGACGUCACGACGCACGUGUCGCCUGCGAAGUCCCUGGACGAAGCCCCACCCAUCCCCUGGUGGGUCAUCGUCCUGGCCACGAUGGCGGGCGUCCUCAUCCUCCUUAUUAUCAUCCUCAUCCUGUGGAAGUGCGGCUACUUCAAGCGCCACCGGCCGGAGCAUCGAGCCCGUAUCGCCGACGACGCCCAGCCGUUAAACCCUCCCAACGGUCAUAACGGCCAUCCGUACAACCCCUACAGCCGUCCAUUUUACCCUGGAGACGAAGCGUUAUGAUUGGGCUCGUGUGGUGUCCUAGACAAGUGAAGAAAUCUAUUCGUGGAGAGCAAGGAAGAAUGCGAGAAUGAGGAUAUGUUUUUCUUUCUUUUAUUGGUGUUAUUUUCAUUAGUAUUUCUGAUUAUUUCUGUUGAUAUCAGUGUUAUUCUCACUAUUUGUUAUUGGUAUGAUAAUAACUAUGGUUAUUAUUAUUAUUUUAUUAUGAUUAUUAUUAGUUAUCAUUAUUAUUAUUAUUAUUAUUAUUAUUAUUAUUAUUAUUAUUACCAUUAUUAUUGUAUUCAUUAUUAAGCAAUACUACAUUUUAAGGAGGUAAAUAUAUUCCUGUAACAGACGGUCACAUGCAGUGUCAGGUGGUAUGGAAGGCAACUGCUUGAGUGAUUCUUGAAAUCGUAUAUGCUUCCUAUCAAAAACAUCUGCAGCCAUGGUGUGGACUUGAAAGCUACUGCAAAAAAUAGGGAACUUUAGGAGAAAGAGAAGAAAUGCCUUAGUGUUACGUGAUUACAUGAACAAAUAAAAAUAUUGCAUGGUUGAAAUACAUAUGGAAUCCAAUGUUGGAUUUCCUGCCUUCCUUUGAUGUGAGAGACUAUUUUGAAUGCAUAUGAGAGACUAUUAUUGUUCUUGUCUAACUAGCUGUUCAAGUGUAUAUAAUGAGUAAUGCUUUGGGUACAUAUAAAACUUUUGUGGAUUCAAUGACAGGCAAAUGUCUGAAUCUGUACUCACAUUCAAAACGGUUUAGGGAUACUUUUAAAAGGAGUUUAGAUCUCAUACUUUUUUUUGUUUUUUUGAUAGGUGCCAUACAUACUUAAGCAUGACAAGUAUUUAGGAGUUAUCUGUUGUCGAACCGUAAGAGUUUCUUCAAAGAGAAAGUCGUAUUUCAUAAAAGUUAGAUAGAAUAUUAGAAGCUGAAUUGUUUGCGGUUGUAAAAGGAAUAUUUAGGAUGUAUAAAAUGAUACUCAUAAAAUAAUAUCUAGAAGGGGAAAAAUACUCUUCAUAUAGUUUAUAUUAAUACCUUUGUCUUUUUCUUUGUUUCACUCUGUGUGAUUACUAUUAAACCACUAAUCAGAAGAGCAUACAACCUGAUUUAUUGGUAGGGGUUUCAUUUUUUAUAUAAAUAUAGAUUCAGAACAUUUAAAGUCAACUAUCAGGUAAUACCAGAGCAAGAUAAUGAUGUUCAAAUAAUAUCAUUUUAUCUUUUUUGUAUUUUAUGUUGUAUGUUAUUUUUUAUAUUCGAACGCAGAAGAGACUUCAUCAUACAAAUCACUGUUGUUAAAAUGCGUAAUUUUUUUUUAAAUCACACGUAUGUGAUAUUACAAGGCGAUAAAAAUUCCAAUGAUUAUGUUUUUCUUUGACUAGAUCUCUCUUGAUUUCAUUCGCGAAAGUCAAAUAAUGUGUCUUUUUUGCAUUGGCAGAAAUAAUUUUACAUUUUUUCACAGGCUUUUAAGUGUCGAGACAUUUUUAUUCUGUGUAUAAAGAACCAGUUUAUCACUCCAAGACACGAAACCUUUUUAUAUGGUGUCUACUGUAUGUCACCUCACAGGUCACUGAUAAGCUUUACCUGGGAAUACCUGACAUUAAGUAAGCGAAUUCCGGUUACUUUCUUAGGCCUAACCUGUGCACCUCUCACCUGUGCGGCUGGCAGCGCGGAAACUGUACUUCAAUUAGUGUGCUUCACUUUCGCUACCUCUCGCGACACCGAUUUUGUUCCGCUGAUCUUAUUCCUCUUGCUAUUCCAUGGAGUCUGUAGCAUUCCACGAGACUUGGUUCAGCUAUACGUUAGACUCUAACUCUUUUACGUUGUUGCUCUGCUGUGGGUAUAGGAAGCAAAGCGAGACAAUCAUUGCGUAUUUGAAAAGGAUGUGAUAUGCUUUUUAAAUGUGUGUCUCGUCUUUUGAAAUGAACUCGGGCAUUUUUUUUUUUUUUUUUUUUGUUUUAAAGGAAAUUUUCGAAUCGAAAUGUAAAAGACGGAAACCACAACAACGCAACACAAAGUCGAAGUUCUACAGUGAUUAACGAACACCUGUAUUCCACUGUCUCAAUGCAGGUUUUCGUAAAUUACUUUUCGCUACCUCCCGUAGAUGGCGACAGGUGCACAGAUGAAAGGCAGGUGGUGCUAACAUCUUGAAUCUCUUGUUAUUUACUAACGUUGUUAAUUAUGUUUUACGCGUGCAAGCUGUUAUGUUGAAUCAUGCCAUUUUUUUUCAGUAAUGUAUCCCUCACCCCUUAAGAAUGACAAUUUCAAUAACUGGAGUGACUCUUGACACAGCGCGGGCGUCCCCCAAACUGGUGUCCAGACUCGUGUGUAUAUAAUAUAUACUUACGCUUCUUAUUUGUGCUAUGGCUGGUGGUCCUUGUUUGUGUGUAUAUAAGUGUAUAUUUGUAAAAUGUUUUAUGUAAUUUAUUUAUGUUAACAAUAAAAUGCUGACAGUCUU